UUGUGCUUGACGUAACCCAACAUGUGCAUGUUAGCUGGCUGGCUACGUGGCACAUCCUUGUGUAGUUUUGUUUCUACCGAUACUGAGAUAGGCAGAUCCAGGUCGAAGAUGCAGGGAGAGACUAGGAUGAUGCGUGUAAUGGUAACAGGGGGCAGUGGUCUGGUGGGCAAAGCCAUAGAGCGAGUGUUGCAGGAAGAAGGUGCGAGAGAGGGGGAGGAGUGGAUCUUCCUCACCUCUAAAGAUGCCAACUUAAUGGAUCUAGAAGAGACAAGAGCUGUCUUCCAGAAACACCGCCCUACCCACGUUAUUCAUCUGGCAGCCAUGGUGGGUGGUCUCUUCAAAAACAUGAGACAGAACCUGGACUUUUGGAGAAGCAACAUGUACAUCAAUGACAACGUACUGCAGACAGCCCAUGAGGUCGACGUGGUGAAAGUUGUGUCCUGUCUGUCCACCUGCAUCUUUCCCGACAAAACCACCUACCCCAUUGAUGAGACUAUGAUCCACAAUGGUCCUCCUCACGACUCCAACUUUGGUUAUGCCUAUGCUAAAAGAAUGAUUGACGUCCACAACAGGGCAUAUUUUGAAAAAUAUGAUCGGCGGUACACAGCUGUUAUCCCCACAAAUGUGUUUGGCCCCCAUGACAACUUCAACAUAGAGGAUGGUCAUGUUCUGCCAGGACUUAUACACAAGACUUACAAAGCACAGAAGGAGGGCACAGCUCUGCACGUUUGGGGUUCUGGUCGUCCACUGCGGCAAUUCAUCUAUUCUUUGGAUCUGGCUCGUCUCUUUCUGUGGGUACUGAGAGAAUAUGAUGAGGUGGACCCUAUUAUACUGUCAGUUGGAGAGGAGGAUGAGGUGUCCAUCAAGGAAGCUGCCAAUGUAGUGGUCCAAGCCUUAGAGUUUAAAGGUGAAGUGGUUUAUGACACAAGUAAAGCUGAUGGUCAGUUUAAGAAAACAGCCAGCAACACCAAGCUCCGGAAAUAUCUUCCUGAAUUCACCUUUACACCCUUUCCAGAAGCCAUCAAGAAGACCUGCGAUUGGUUCGUGGACAAUUACGACAUUGCUCGGAAAUGAGGAAUUUCUAUGCAUUACAGUCCAAAUGCAGAACUUCCAAUAUUAAUUUCACCUUCUACAAAUGAGAUGAGAAACAAGUCAACAAAGGUUAAAGGAGAGAGAAAGAGAGAGAGAAGUAAUAAAAAUUGCAGUGUAGUUUCCAGAGAGGUUUUGGUCAGAGGUCCUUUAUCAGCUGCACAAGCAAAGUGCUUCUUUAAGGACUUCUUUGAGAAACAUCCUGUUUUUAUGGAAACCUUGUUUACUUCACCUCAAUUUUUACUACCUCUACACCUUAUAUUACAGUACACUGUUUUGGUUUGGGUUUGGGUUUUUGGACAAUCUGCUGUAAUUGCUACAUGGGCUUUAACAGGGGGUAUAGGUUUUAUACGACAACCCACAUGUUCUUUUAAUCUUGCUAAAGUCUGUUUGUAUUAAAGUACCUUAAGUUAUGACAAAUCUUUUCUUUAUGUAUUUUUAUGGUGAGAUUGCAUUUUCUACAGUUUUGAGGAAAAUGUGGACUAUUUGGUAAUUAACUUAAUUUCUGCAUAUAUGUCUCCUAUUAUUUGGUCCAAUUUUCAUCCAAGUCAUAAUAAUAGACAUUUAACAAACAAUAAUAUUUUACUAUACCAUAUCCUAUCUAUACCAUAUACUAAACCAAAGGCUCAAACGAUCAAAGUUAGUGGUGGAAAUAGUAUGUGAGCUAAUGGAACUACUGUUCAGUGGAACUUUGGUUAAAUAGGUGGAUCUCCUUUAGUGUCAGUAACCUUAAAAUAAGCUUUCUGUAUCUGUCAUGAUCAGUCCAGUGUAGUGGUUUGGAGGUAUAUUGUCCCAUUUGUCAAUACAAAACUUUCUAUGCGA